GCCUGUUUUCGACUGAAGCACUGGCGUCUGACCCUUUGAAUCAUUCUGUACCCAUCUACGAUGCGUUCGAUGCGCCAAAUGACGAGGGUCGGGCUAUCCUGGUCGUGCCCUUAUUGCGGGUCUACGAUUUAUCCAUCAACAACAUGUUGCCCAUCGGUAUGCGUUGUUCAGAUAUUUGUUUUAUCGUCUCUCGCGUACUGCCAGUGACUGCAUGGAUCUCAAUAUCAUGAUGGAUGCGACCUCUCUGUUCAUCGAUCCUUAUCAUCCUCAAGAUUUGGACAUGAGGCGUGACUUCAAAGGCAAAGCUAGAUACUUCACUCGUACCCAGCGCCCUCCAAGAUACUAACUCAUCGAUUUUGGUAUAUCCCGUCGUUAUGGCGCGCUGACGACGACGCUCCCCUCGAAUACCCCAUAUGGGGAGGCGACAAGACUGUUCCCGAGUUUCAAAAAUCGAACCAUGCUCGUAAUCCGUUCCCCAUAGACGUAUAUUAUCUAGGCAAUAUGAUCAGGACCGAGUUCUUGCAGCCCAUGUCGAGACCAAACGCGGGCUCGAGUUUAUGGCGUCGCUUGUGGAAGACAUGGCGCAGGAUGACCCAGCAAAGCAGCCUAUAAUGGACGAAGUUGUGACGCGCUUUGACGAGAUCCUGAAGCAACUGAGCAGCUGGAACCUGCGAUCACGCGUUAUUUACAAGGAGGAUGGUCAUAUCGUAGGUCUUUAUCGUGGUGUCACUCAUUGGACGCGUCGCAUUGGCUAUCUAGUGAGGAGGGUAUCAGCGAUACCUGAACCCUGAAACCCGUAUACGUUAUGCUGGAUACAACUACUUAUGAAUCUAUCGGAGGGACUGGAGUCCU